AUGGCAACCAUCAAAGUCAAUCUGUGUCUCAAGGCCAAGUUCCACCAGAAGCGCCACGGCAGCGAAGCGGCUGUGUUCCGUACUGCAAUCCCCACAGGAAGCAGUACGGACACGUUCCAGAUGAUGGCUCAGAUGAUGGUCACUUGGAAAGGGAAAGCGUCGUCCAUCCCGAAAGUGCACGGGGAAUUUCGACUUUCCAAUCUCUUGGUGCUUAAAUGUGUGGAUCCUGCGCUCAGCUCCGUUGUUACUGUGCAGAGCUGUGAUUGGCUUCGACUCUACGGGGACCUCAGCAAUGACUCGAUGUCAUUGUUAGACCAGAUGGGCGGUGAGAUGACGGACCAGCAAUGUCCCAUCCCCUUUCCAGAAUCAUUCUACAGGCACAUCCAAAAAGAUAAGAUGGAGGCGAAGUUGGAAUUCAUCGGAGACAGUCUUACGCAAAUCAUCCAACUGUAUCACGGGAACCUCUCCUCUGUGUCCUGGGACCAUAACAAGACGGAGCGCUUCCUCAUCACCGUGGACAGACAGGCCAGGGAGAUCAAUAGUUGUGUAAUGGCUAACAAGCAGAAGGUCCAGAGGACAGCCCGGCAGGCAGACAGCCAGGAAGAAUCACAGACACAUAAGAAGCUGGCCCACUACUACAAAAAACUGUUCAGAGUCACAGUCCACAGGAUGGGUGAAAGUGCAGAAUCAUGGGAGCUGAUCAGGAAGGAGAGCAAAAUGCACCUGGAGAGGCUGGACCUGCUGCAAGCCCGCCUCCCAAGGCCCGCAAGGUCCGGCUAGACAGCAGUCCCAAGACCAACCAGCACCCGGCGAGACCCCCACCGCCCCCGGCCCCACCUCUAGGCCGGCCUCGUCCGGCCAAACCAACGCCCCUAGACCCCACCAUCUCCAGACCAGCCGCUUCUGGCUAGGGAGAGAUCCCCGAAGUCUUUUAUUAUUUAUCAUUCUUUUUUUAUCAUUAUUUUUAUGACUUAUUU